AUGUUGUUUUCAUACUUCCCAGCGUUGGUUGCUCUUUGCAGCACCGUUAGCGCAUUGGGUGGGUUGCAAAAUAUUGUGUUCAAAAAUCUGAAAGACGAUUUGCAAUUGGCUGCACACAAAAAGUCGGCUACGUUAUUCUUGGAUACUGAAGACUGGCCAGGUGUUGUCAGAGCUGGUUUGGACUUAAGUGAUGAUUUCAAGAAAGUCACUGGUGAAGCCUUGCCAGUUGUCAAUUUUACUGGUAGUGGAAUUUGUACUAAAGUACAUGGUAAGGUUGAAUCUGCAAUUAUUAUUGGUACUGUUGGCAACUCUUCAAUUAUCGAUACAUUAGUUUCUGCAAAGAAGUUAGAUGUCAGUGAAAUUGAAGGCAAGUGGGAAUCUUAUGUCAUGAAGGUUAUUGAGAAUCCAGCACCAUGUAUCAGUAGUGCUUUGGUAAUUGCUGGAAGUGACAAGAGAGGUUCAAUUUUUGGUGCCUAUGAUAUUUCUGAACAAAUCGGUGUCUCUCCAUGGUACUGGUUCGCCGACGUCGUGCCAGCUACUCAUAGUGAAAUCUAUGUUUCCAAGUCAAUCGUAAAGGUCCAAGGAGAGCCCAGUGUUAAAUACAGAGGUAUUUUCCUUAACGAUGAACAACCAGCUUUGGCAGCUUGGGUUGCCGAAUUCUUCCCAGAAGGAAAAUACAACUCUUACUUCGUCCACCAAUUCUACGUGAAGUUAUUCGAAUUGUUGCUCAGAAUGAGAGCCAACUUCUUGUGGCCCGCUAUGUGGGCCAGUAUGUUUGGAGAGGAUGAUCCCGAAAACCAGUACUGGGCUGACUACUAUGGUAUUGUCAUGUCCACAUCCCACACUGAGCCACUUAUGAGAGCCACUAAUGAGUGGACUACUUUCGGUAAUGGUUCUUGGGAUUACAGUACUAACAAAGAUAACAUCGUUGAAUUCUGGAAAGAAGGUAUCGCCAGAAGCAAGCCAUAUGAAAACAUGUGGACAACUGGUAUGAGAGGAUUCGGAGACACUCCUAUCACUGGUGGUGUUGAAAUCAGUUUACUUGAAGACGUCAUCAAGACUCAAAGAGAACUUUUAACUGAGUACUUUAACAAUACCGAUAUCACUGAUAUCCCACAAGUUUGGUGUUUGUAUAAGGAAGUUCAAGCCUACUUCCAAGAAGGUAUGCAAGUUCCUGAAGACAUUACUUUGUUAUGGGUGGAUGAUAACUGGGGAAACAACAGAAGAUUGCCCCUUGCUAACGAAACAGACAGAGCUGGUGGUGCUGGUGUUUACUAUCAUUUUGACUACGUUGGUAGUCCAGUUGAUUUCAAGUGGAUUAACACUGUUUCUUUGGAAAAGACUUGGGAACAGAUGCAUUUGGCAAAACAAAAACAAGCUGACCAGAUCUGGGUUGUUAACGUUGGUGACAUGAAGCCUUUAGAAAUUCCAAUUGAAUACUUCAUUUCUUUAGGUUAUGACUUUGAUACAUGGGGACCAAUUAACAAGGUCAUGACUUGGGCUACCGCAUGGGCUCAAAGAGAAUUCGGAGCAUACCUUAAGGAAGACGAUGUCAAGGAAGUUGCUGACAUUAUUGAUCUUUACGGUUUCUAUGCAAACAGAAAGAAGUACGAAGCAUUAAACACCACCACAUUUCAUUUAUACAACUACAACGAAGCCGAAACCGUGCUUAGUGAAUGGGCAGACUUGGCUGACAGAGCAUGGGCUGUUUACAAAAAAUUGCCAAAGAAUGUUCAGCCAUCAUUUUUCCAAUUGGUUCUCCAUCCUGCUGUUGCUGGUUACACCGUUUACGACAUUUUGAUUUCUGCUGGUAAGAACAACUUGUAUGCUGAACAAAGAAGAAAUCAAGCUAAUGCAUUAUCCACUCAUGUACUUGACAGAUUCCAAUAUGACAACACCUGGAAAGGUGAAUAUGACUCCUUGCUUGGUGGAAAAUGGAAGCAUAUGAUGGAUCAAACUCACUUGGGCUACUUCUACUGGCAACAGCCAAUGAGAAAUGUUGCUCCUCCACUUGCAUAUGUUCAACUUGAAGAAAACUCAUUAGCUGGUUCUUUGGGUGUCACUGUAGAACAAUCCAGAGGAUCUGUUCCAGGUGAUGAUGCUUAUAAUGCUGUUGCAUACAGUAACAAUACUUUGGUAUUGCCAACUUUAGAUCCUUACACUGACAGUAGACACAUUACUAUUUUCAACAAAGGUAUUGAAGAUUUCUACUUUGAGGUUUCUCCUUAUGCUGAUUACGUUAAGGUUAAUCCCUCGUCAGGAUCUGUUUCUGCAACAAACAACAGUAUCUGGAACUCGGUUGAUGUUGAAGUCACGGUAGACUGGGACCAGGCCCCAGAAGGAUACAAUAUCGUGUUCAUGAAUAUCACUUCCAAUACCACUUACGAAUUCUUUGGUAUGCCAACUGUCAAUUUGCCAAUCAACAAGACUCAAGCACCAGAUGAUUUCAAGGGUUUUGUGGAGACUAACCAACACAUCUCCAUCGAAGCAGAACAUUUCUCUAACAACCAAUCUACAAAUGACACAUACUAUGUUACAAUUGACAGAUAUGGAAGAACCUUGUCUGGUGUCACUUUGUUCCCCGUCACUGCUGACUCCCAAGAAGCAACCGAAGACUAUUCGUACUUGGAAUACAACUUGUACAGUUUUAGUGCACCACAAUAUGGAUCUAACAUUACUGUUUACACUGGUUCAUCCUUGAACAUUGAUCCAUCUCGUCCUUUGAAGUAUGCCAUUGCCAUCGACGAUCAAGAACCUCAAGUAGUUCAAAUUGUUGUUGAUCCAACUGACCCUACUGCCAUGCCUGCCCAUUGGGAAGACGCUGCAAGUGACGGUGUAUGGAUUCAUAACACUACCCAUACUUUUGAUGCUGGUGAACAUACCUUGAAAUUAUGGGCAUUGGAACCAGCAGUUGUUUUUGAAAAAGUUGUUGUCGACUUUGGUGGUGUUGUUCCUUCGUUCUUGGGACCACCAGAAACUUACAUCAAAAAGUAG